AGUUAAACAGACUAAAGUCUGCCAAUACAACCUCGUUAGUUCUCAAACAAACUCCAUUGGAAGAAGUAAGCAUCAUCUGCGAUAUUUCUACAGGUCAACCAAGACCAUUUAUUCCAAAGCCGCUAAGGCGAAACAUUUUCGAAGCCAUGCACAAUAUUUCGCAUCCCGGAAUAAAGGCCACCAUCAAACUAAUCAGCGAACGUUUCGUAUGGCCAAGUAUGAAUCGGGAUAUUCGUAAUUGGACGCAAGCGUGUAUAAAAUGCCAGAGAGUUAAGAUACAUCGCCACACCAGUUCCGCAGUAGGUCAUUUCCGUCAUCCCGAUAACAGAUUCGAGCACGUACAUAUCGAUAUUAUAGGACCACUGCCGGUUUCGAAUGGUUUCAGUUACAUUUUCACUUGCAUUGAUAGAUUCACACGAUGGCCUGUAGCUGUGCCCAUAAAAGAUAUUACAGCCGAAACUAUCGCAAAAACCCUAGUAGAGCAUUGGAUUUCCCAUUAUGGUGCACCUACUAAUAUCACAACCGAUAGAGGAGCUCAAUUCGAGAGCCGCCUCUUCCAACAACUCACAGAACUACUCGGAAUCAAACGAAUUCGCACAACAUCCUACCAUCCGAUGUCGAAUGGUAUGGUAGAGAGAUUGCAUCGGCAACUUAAAGCUUCUCUUACAGCUGUCAUCAGCAAUAACGAUUGGGCCAGCAAGCUACCGUUAGUCAUGUUGAGCUUAAGAUCAACAAUCAAACAAGAUAUAGAAUGCUGCCCAGCAGAGUUGGUUUAUGGAACCACACUACGUCUGCCAGGAGAGUUUUUCACUGCAGGUAAAAGCG